AUGGACAAUGACACACAUUUCAAUAACGACCACCUCAUCACGUGGUGCAAUGUAAGGGGGACUACGUUCAAGUUUGCCUCUAUCACGCACCCCAAGACUAAUGGGCAAUUGGAGGCCGUCAACAAACUAAUCAAAGGCCUCCUUAGGAAGAAAUUGGAUGAUGCAAAAGGAUUUUGGCCUGAGAAGCUUGAAGAAGUACUAUGGGCAAUCCAUAAAAACCUCUUAGAGGAGAAGCGCAUUGCAGCGCAUCACCAAAACAUCCUGAACAAGCAGUGCAUGGAACACUUCUACAACUCUAGAGUAAAGAGCAGAACACUUCAGCUCGGUGACAGGGUCCUCAAGAAGGUUCAAACAAAGGUCACCGGUUUACGCCCGAGAUGGGACAAACCAUAUAAAGUCAUCGAGAUCAUUGCACCCAACACACACAGCUUGGAGGACAAGUACGGAGAAAGACUAGCCCACCCUUGGAACAUGGAACAACUUAAGUACUACUAUAAGUAA